CUAAACUUGAGUGAAAAUGGGUGGAAGAAGAACUUCUGUACCCACGAACAACAUGUGAAGAGUGAGAAAACCAAACUUAAAGUAAGGAGGAAAGAGUUUACAGGAGGAAAUAAUCCAAGAAAGAACAAACAAGCAGAUCAAGAUGUGUAGCUCUAUGACUGCAAAGCUGUGGUUUUUGACAGAUCGUCGAAUCAGGGAAGACUAUCCUCAGAAAGAGAUCUUACGAGCAUUAAAGACUAAAUGUUGUGAGGAGGAACUGGAAUUUAGAGCUGUAGUGAUGGAUGAGCUGGUGCUAACAAUUGAGCAGGGAAGCUUGGGUCUACGGAUCAAUGGAGAACUAAUUACUGCCUACCCCCAGGUGGUGGUAGUGAGAGUACCAACCCCUUGGGUGCAAAGUGAUAGUGACAUCACCGUUUUGCGCCAUCUAGAGAAAAUGGGAUGUCGGUUGAUGAACCGACCUCAAGCCAUCCUGAAUUGUGUUAAUAAGUUCUGGACAUUUCAAGAGUUGGCUGGCCAUGGUGUUCCUCUUCCAGAUACUUUCUCUUACGGUGGUCAUGAAAAUUUUGCUAAAAUGAUUGAUGAGGCAGAAGUACUGGAGUUUCCAAUGGUAGUGAAGAAUACACGGGGUCAUCGAGGCAAAGCUGUAUUCUUGGCCCGAGAUAAGCACCACUUGGCAGAUCUAAGCCAUCUUAUUCGUCAUGAAGCUCCAUACCUGUUCCAGAAAUAUGUUAAAGAGUCUCAUGGACGGGAUGUGCGUGUCAUUGUUGUGGGAGGUCGUGUGGUUGGCACCAUGUUACGAUGCUCAACAGAUGGGAGGAUGCAAAGCAACUGCUCACUAGGUGGUGUGGGGAUGAUGUGCUCCUUGAGUGAACAAGGGAAGCAGCUAGCUAUCCAGGUGUCUAACAUCCUGGGGAUGGAUGUGUGUGGCAUAGACCUGUUGAUGAAAGAUGACGGCUCCUUCUGUGUCUGCGAAGCAAAUGCAAAUGUAGGUUUCAUCGCCUUUGAUAAGGCUUGUAAUCUAGAUGUAGCUGGUAUCAUAGCGGACUAUGCCGCCUCCCUUCUGCCCUCUGGCCGGCUUACUCGGCGUAUGUCCCUGCUCUCCGUGGUGUCCACAGCCAGUGAGACUAGUGAGCCGGAGCUGGGUCCCCCAGCCAGCACUGCUGUUGACAACAUGAGCGCAAGUUCCAGCUCUGUUGACAGCGACCCUGAAAGCACGGAGCGAGAGCUGCUCACCAAGCUCCCAGGGGGGCUAUUCAACAUGAACCAACUGAUAGCCAAUGAAAUCAAACUCCUGGUGGAGUGACUCCACUGGUAAAUAAUUAACCAACAAAACCCUUGUAAAAUUUCCUUUCUUUCUUUUCUUCUCUCCCCCCCUUCUCUCCCUCCGCCCCUCCACAACCCCCUUUUAAACCAACUUGCAAUGCUGUUCAUGGAAGAUGCUCAGGAAGAUGAGAGAAAAUUGAAUACGAUUAGCUAGAGAGGAGGGGGCAAUAGACAAGACCUCUGCUAUUAGGCUGUUACUGACUUUCUUUACAAAUCCCAUAGUAAGAGAGGCAGAAGAGCUGUUACACUCUCCUGGUUACCCUUUUAAAUUAUUCAAAAUACCUAUGCUCUCAGGCCAUGAAGAACAUAUGAAUUUUUUUCAUAGUCCCUUUUAUUUUUGCACAGUUGGUUCACAUUUCAGCAUGGCAUGAUUACACAUUGUGUUGCAAGCAUCUAUCUAAAUUACAGGAAUUUAUUUUAUACAAAUUUGAAAAUUCUGCUAUUACCACUACUAGGUGCUUUAUGUUCAUAGGUUAUGAAAUCUUAAGGAGCCCUUUUACUUGGGUUUCUUAUUUCUCUUUUUUCCCUUAGUUUGGGUGGGAGGGCAAGGUGAAUAUAACCAAUAAAGGCUUUUUUAAGGACAAAAAUUGACAUGUUUGCAUGAUACAAGGAAAAUGAACAGUAUUGCAAUGUCUGGUACACAAAAUAACAUUUACUCCAAUGUAGAUAAAAUUACCCUAGUUUAAAAUAUGUACAUUGACUUGUAUUUGUUAGUGUUUUAGUCUUUUUUGAAAGAUACAUGCUCUGUUAAUGUUGCUUUUUUUUUUUAAUACAUGCUAGUCUAACAUUCCCUAAUCUAUGCCUGCAUAUUUAACAAUGGCCAAAGUGAAGAAAAUGCUACCUUUUUGUUAACAAGACACUGACUUGAAACAUGUGCAUUUAGAGCCUUUUAUUUUUUUCCUUUUUUCUUUUGUUGGUUGGGCAUUUAGAGAAUGAGGAUGAGGAAAAAUAUUUUUGGGGUGGGGGAGAAUCAAGGGCCUAUAGACUGAAGUAAUUUCUGAAACCAGCUUUAUAUGUUUGCAUUUUUCACAUUCUACAAGGGAGUAUAUAUGUGUGUAUGCACGCAUGCAUGUGUAUGUGUUUUGCUUUUGUUUACACCAAUCAGUCAAAAAGGAUAGAUUCUAGAAAGUGGAGCAUGAUGGGAAACAGUUUUUCAGUUGUUUUCAUAACUAUAUUCUACUGGGGUAGAGGUACUCACAUAAGGAGAAUAGAUGUUGCUAGGUCUUUGUGUGUGUGUAUGGUGUGUGUGUGUGUGUGUACAUAUAUGUGUGUAU